UGAAAAUGACAACUUUUGAAACAAUUAAGUUGGUGUUAAUUAAUCCAUAUAUACCCGAUGACUAGUUAACUAAUCUCCCAUGUCCCACGUUAUAAAUAUAAACAAACCAUCACUCAAUUCUCUGAAGCCUCUAAUUCUGUCUGUCUCACAAGUGCACAUGCGAAAAGGAAUGGCUUCAGCGACCACAUUUUCACUGAUGUUACACUUUCUGUUGUUAAUAUUAUGUUUUUCGUUUCAUCAACCAAGCUUAGCAUUCACAUCUCAAGAAUACCAGGAGGCUCUUGAGAAAUCCAUUCUCUUCUUUGAGGGACAACGGUCUGGACAAUUGCCUUCCAACCAGCGACUAACAUGGAGGGGAGAUUCUGGAUUGUCCGACGGCUCUUCUUAUCAUGUAAACCUGGUCGGUGGUUAUUAUGAUGCUGGAGAUAACGUUAAGUUUGGGUUGCCGAUGGCCUUUACUACAACAUUGUUAGCGUGGAGUGUGAUUGAAUUUGGAAGCUCAAUGAUGGACCAGAUUGAAAACGCUAGAGCUGCUAUCCGCUGGAGCACAGAUUACCUUCUUAAGGCUGCCACCACCACCCCUGACACAUUAUAUGUCCAAGUAGGAGACCCGAACAUGGAUCACAAGUGUUGGGAAAGGCCUGAAGAUAUGGACACUCCACGCAAUGUGUAUAAGGUAUCAGCUCAAAACCCAGGAUCGGAUGUAGCAGCAGAGACAGCAGCUGCACUGGCAGCUUCUUCAAUAGUAUUCGGAGAUUCGGAUCCAGCGUAUUCCUCCAAAUUGCUUCAAGCAGCCAUCAAAGUAUUCAAUUUUGCAGACCGUUACAGGGGUUCUUACAGUGAUUCUCUUGGUUCUGUUGUCUGUCCAUUCUACUGCUCUUACUCCGGAUACCAUGAUGAACUUCUGUGGGGUGCAUCAUGGAUUUAUAAAGCCUCAGGAACUAGCUCAUACAUGCAAUAUAUUCGAUCCAAUGGCCACAUUUUAGGUGCCGAUGAUGAUGGUUUCUCCUUCAGCUGGGAUGACAAGCGACCCGGAAAUAAAAUCCUCCUUUCCAAGGAAUUCUUGGAGAAAAAUUCAGAAGAGUUCCAAUUAUACAAGGCACAUUCAGAUAAUUACAUCUGUUCGCUAAUGUCUGGAAUACCUGGUUCUCAGGCUCAGUACACCCGAGGGGGGCUUCUUUACAAGGGGAGCGAGAGCAAUUUGCAGUAUGUGACAUCGACGAGUCUCCUUCUGUUGACAUACGCUAAGUAUCUUUCUGCAAACGGGGGCGUUGUCAGAUGUGGGACUUCAACGGUCACGGGUGAAAACCUCGUAGCACUAGCCAAAACACAAGUUGAUUACGUUUUGGGCGAUAAUCCAAGAAAGAUGUCGUAUAUGGUGGGUUUUGGGGAGAAUUACCCAAAGCAUGUCCAUCACAGAGGUUCCUCUCUACCUUCGGUUCGUUCCAGGACUCAGCACAUUUCCUGCAACGAGGGGUUUCAAUAUCUCUAUGCAGGCUCUCCCAAUCCAAAUGAGCUUGUUGGAGCCAUCGUAGGUGGUCCUGAUAGCAAUGAUAACUUCUCCGAUGAUCGAAACAACUAUCAGCAGUCAGAGCCAGCAACGUACAUCAAUGCACCCUUUGUAGGUGCUCUUGCCUAUUUCUCUGCUAAACCACCAACCUAUUAUUAGGAAUAGUUAUGAAAAAUAAACAAUAGUAGUGUAGUAACACUAGUGCCUGUAGUUGACGCUUGUAUUUAAUUAGAAGAAUCUCAGUAUGGCGUUGGCCCCAUAUCGUUUAGGUCCGUGAUGAAUGUUUCCACCGAAGGUGACAUUGACAAGUAAUGAUUUUUCUCAAAUCUA